AAAGAGUAACAUAAACACAACACAUAUACGAUGUUGCUUGGGAAGAGACAACGACCACCGAUUAACAGAACCACAAGUCUAUCGGAGAUAAAGUUCGAUCUAAACCUUCCCAGCGAAUCAGAGCCAUCAAAUCAACAGAAUAAUCCAACCGUGGUGAGCCCGUACGGUCAAGCCGUAACAGCAGCCGUCGAUCAAAACCGUGGGUUUUUAGAUCAACGGCUCUUAUCUAUGGUCUCACCGAGAGGUAACCUGAGGAGACACUCAGGCGAUUUCUCCGACGCUGGACAUUUCUUGAGAUCUUGCUCACGUUGUGAACGUCUUCUUGUUCCUGGCCGUGACAUCUAUAUGUAUAGGGGAGAUAAGGCCUUUUGUAGCUCAGAGUGCAGGCAAGAGCAAAUGGCACAAGAUGAGAGGAAAGAGAAAGGUAAAUCGGCACCACCGGCGAAAGAACAGGCGGUGACAGCUCCCGCGAGAGCGAAACCCGGCAAAGGGAGAGCUGCAGCCGCCGUGUAAUCCCCAUUUUCAUAUACAUUUAGCUAUAUAUAUGUGUGUGGUUUGCUAUGUGUUUGUAUAUGAUUAUGAUGGGUAAUACAUAUAUAAAGCAUUAAGCGUUAA